AUUUUAAAAAGAUGCAAUUUUUGGUAAAAUCUUCAGGACGAUUGGGAUUCUUUGGAUUUGCAACAGCAACUGGUACUCAUAAAGAUAUUGCUGGAAAGAAUUUCUUAAAAUUCUAAAGCAAAUAUGCAGAAUAUGUCACUUAAUUCAAUCAAAAGCUGUAAGAACAUAAUUAUUAAUGAUAUAGUGAAGCAAUAGAGAAAGAUAAUAAGGCACCAAAUGUUGCACCUUAAGGUAAAGCAUUCGAACAUCCUUAUAACAAUCCACAUAAUCCAGUCACUUUUAGUGGUGUAUGUGUAUAAUAUAAUUUUAUAGAUUAAAUCAUCUGAAUUGUUUUACAACUUUAUUGGACCAGAAUAAGUGUCUCCACAUUAUGAAAAUUUCUUAGUUGCUAGAAAAUAUCUACUUCUUACAUAUGGAGGAUUAAUUGUUAUUGGAUUUGCAGCAGGCACUACUAAUCUUCAUUGGAUUGCUAAAUCAUCAUUUUUGCCAUUCUUAUUUUGGAUGCAAAUCAUGUACUUUUACUUAGAAGGUCGUAAAUCUUUUAUGAAACCAUUACUUGCUAGAUUUUAUAGAAGAGUAGCUGGAAAUGAAUGUUUCUAAUUAGAUUAAUAUUAUCAUGAGAAUAUGCAACUUAAAAUUCGUACACUUCUUGAAGCAGCUAAAGGAUAAAUUGAAUAUGGAUAAUUACAUAAAGAAUUUAGAGAUGUUAAAGCAGAAUUAAUCAAUACUGUAAAUUAUAAUCAAUAUUAUUAAGUUUCUUUUAAAUGAAUAAUUAAAUCUAUAAAGACAUGUUGUUGAGAGAUCUCAAACUAUUCUUAAGUCUGUGUAAUAAGCUGAAUAAGUAAUUUAUUAUAAUAUUAUCAAAUUAGAUUAAUCAAAAUAGACUUUUAUAAGAUAUUAUAGAAGCUGCUUAAAAGUCUCUAGAGACCAACUUAAAAAAUAAUCUACCAGAAAUCUAAAAAGCAUUAUUUAAAUCUGCUCUAAAAGGAUUAGCUUAAGGGAAAAUGACUUAUGAAAACGAUCCUUUAAUCGAAAUGAUACUUAAAACAAUUAAAGAGCAUGUUAGUAAAAUAUAAAAUCUAUCACCUGCUGAGUAAUAUAUUUAUAAAUAUUUUAUAGAUAAAAGAAAUUGAUUUCACUUAGUAAAGAUUAAUUGGCAGCUAUUUAAGCAAACGAUAAAAAGUAAUUAUAAUCUAUAUAUUCACUUAGAGCAAAGGAAGAUUUCUUGAGAGCUGAACCAAAGAUUGAUUAAACCUUAAAAAACUAUGAAAAUGUGAAGAGAUAACUUGCUUCAUGGGGAUAAUGAAAGUGAGUAAUUUAAUCAUGAAAUCAGAAUAAAUAUAUAAUUAUUUAAAAAACUUAC